AUGAAAUGCUUCUUUAUGGUACUGAGGCAUGACAUAAUAUGGCUUAAAGUAUUAUGCCCUUGUACUAUAUUCCUUAUACCACCUCAAUCGGCUAUGAGUGGGCGGCACUCUCAGCAGCGGACGGUCGCGCUCCUCAUGUGCGCUCUGCUGGGCUUCGCUUCCGUACCACGUGUGCGCGCGGACGAGGUCCACUCUGCCACCGAGGCUGCUACGCGUACUUGCUUCGGCGAAGAGUCCGCCGAAGUCACGCCACGCGCUGAUGAUGCCGAAUUAGAUGAAGAUAGCGAUUCUGCUCCCUUUAUGAUCGUAGUGGAGCACGAGGACGGGUGGCACUGCGCGGCGUCGCUGGUAUCCCUGCGUACGGUGGUGACGUCAGCGCGGUGCGCCCGUGGCCGCUCUGCGCGGUUACCGAGUGAGCUGUGGGCACUGGCCGCAGCGCUCCUGGCGCGCCCCGUCCCCGCCCCCCGCCGUUGCGUCUACCCCACCGCCCACCCUGCCACCAACACCACCCCGCGCUGCCACCACCGCAGACACCGCGAGGCGCGUCGCUCGCAUCGCGCUAGCUGGCGACCCGCGCCGUCCAGGAUUGUCGACUUAUACUCGCGACAGAGUCCAUAUAUUUUAUGCGAUUGGCAGCGAGGUGACGAAGAUCCGGCGCUGGACGACCUCGCUGUACUUGAGCUGGAGUCGCCAUUUGGUGCGGGAGCGCAAGCACGUCCCAUACUAAUGGCGACGUCGCGAAACGAGUGUGAGAAAGAGACAACAUGCCAUGCGGUGCGCGCCGUUGCUGGCAGCGGGCCGCAUCGCGCUCGCUUCCGCGUCGUGGACGCGGCGUUGGCCGCGGAAACACUUUGUGCCAGUCGCGUGCUGCACUGGACCGACAUUCGUGAUCGUGUGUUAUGCCUUACUGGCGACGAGCUAUGUGCGGAGGACCGCGGAACGGGCUUAGUGUGUGGCGGCAAGCUUUGCGGUGUGCUCAGCGAGUCCGUGCCUGAGCGUGUGGUGGAGCGUGCGACGGAUCGUGAGGUGGAGAGUGGGGCAGAGCAUGCAGCGUGGGGCAGCGGCUGUGGAGACGCGCACGUGGUGCUGAGCGUCGCGCGCUAUCGUAACUUCCUGCACUGCGCACACACGCUGCGUGCAUGCGGACGAGGAGACUGCGAGACGCUGUGCAGCGAGCACCGGCUGCUCAAUGGUGACGCUACUUCGUCUAUCGAGACUAUGGGAACAUUCGAAACAGACGUUGUUACUGUUUUAGCCGUUUCUAACUCAUCAAUGGCCAAGAUUUUGACUCCGUCCAGGCGAAUGGAGCCGUUGGCAGAGCUACGCGCGCUCGCCGAGGGUCAGGCGCAGUUUUCUGCACGACCCGUGCUUGAAUUUGAACCUAAUCGUGCUGAUUUUAGGGUAUUAUUCAAAACACCUAAUUAA